GGGAACAGAACAAAAAACAAAGCAUUGAUAACAAAAUUGAUAACAGCUGAGGCUCAUGUGCAUGGUUAUUUGAAGGUUCUUUCUGGCUGUAGGUGAUGGUUUCCUACUUUGAGAGCAGGGUUUCCUGAGACCGUCUGCAGGAUUAAAACAAAAGCACGGCAGUGGUGAGAGAUGAGGAUGCUAACCAAAAGCUCUCUUGGAGGAAGCUGAGAGAAGAGAGGAUGUAGGAACAUAACCCAUGGAGAAGAUUGCAGAUCUCUCCGAUGGACAUGGAAUUUGAAAAGGUCUGUGGACAACCUGGAUUACCAUGCCACGCAAAGUUCCAGGGAGUUCAUCUAGAAGAAAAGAUCUGCUGCAUGAACAGGACAACUCAAAAUGGAACCAGUCAAGGAGAUAUCCUGCAUCAUCUUUCCCUGUCAGCGCAAUUAAGGUCCACCCGUGUCCCAUGCCACAAUCAUCUGUUCUCUGGCUGAGCCUCAUUGGCUUUGUACUACUGAGGAGCAUACCUGGUGUGUCAGCAGGGGAGACAUGGGGAAUGGUGUCCAUCUGCCCCAUCCACUGUGUGUGCCGGAACCUAUCGGAGUCUCUAAGCACACUCUGUGUGAAUAAAGGUCUUCUUUUUGUGCCACCGAACAUUGAUCGCCGCACUGUAGAGCUCCGUCUUGCAGACAACUACAUCCUGGAAGUAGGAGGUUCGGACUUUGCCAAUAUGACAGGAUUGGUUGAACUGACACUGUCACGCAACACCAUCCAUGCUCUAAAACCACUGGCCUUUUCUGAUCUGGAGAGUCUGCGUUCCCUUCACCUUGACACCAACCGUCUCACUGCGGUGGGACCUCAGGAUCUGACAGGUCUGGUUAACCUUCAGCAUCUCAUCAUCAACAACAACCAGCUCACCAAUGUUUCUGGAGAUGCUUUUGAUGACUUCCUGCUGACUUUGGAAGAUCUAGACCUUUCCUACAACAACCUGCGCAGGGUUCCCUGGGAAGCCAUACAGAACAUGGCUAGCCUACACACCUUAAACCUGGACCACAACCUAAUAGACCAGAUUGCUGAGGGUUCUUUCAGCGAGCUCUACAAACUCUCCAGACUGGAUAUGACCUCAAACAGAUUACAGACUCUUCCCCCUGAUCCACUGUUCUCCAGGUCACAGAUUGGGGUUGUCAGUCCAACACCGUACAAUUCCAUCACCAGCUUAAACUUUGGAGGGAAUCCUCUGCAUUGCAACUGUGAGCUGUUGUGGUUGCGACGACUGAUUCGUGAAGAUGACAUGGAGACAUGUGCCACACCUGCUCAUUUGGCGGGUCGCUACUUCUGGUCCAUAUCAGAAGAUGAGUUUACCUGUGAGCCUCCACUGAUCACCCGUAAUACCAACAAAUUGUGGGUGCUAGAGGGUCAAAGGGCCAUACUUAAAUGUAGAGCCAUUGGUGACCCUGAGCCAGUCAUUCAUUGGUUGUCACCAGAUGGACACAUAGUGGCCAACUCCAGUCACAUUUACUCAUACUACAAUGGCACACUGGAUUUUCUAGUAACUCGUGCCAGAGAUGAUGGGACAUAUACAUGCAUUGCCAUCAAUGCAGCAGGGGAAUCCACAGCUCUGGUGGACUUAAAGGUCAUCCCUCUGCCCCAUCGUGGAAAUGGCACGAUAUCCCUAAUCAACCAUAGAGACCCAGGCUCCUCUGAUAUUAGCAGCGGUCGUAGCGGUGUUGAAGGGGCAGAGACGGGCAUGGUGACUGUAAAGAAUGUCACUGGAGGCAAAGCAGAGGCUGAACUGAAAGGAUCAGAAAACUUGGUAGGAGUUCUGGGUGUAACAUCUAAUUCAGCCCAGAUUCGAUGGAAAAUUAAUCGUUCUUCAAUGCCUUACCUGGUGUGGAUGUAUCAGAUCCAGUACAAUAGCACAGCAGAUGAUGCACUUGUUUACAGAAUUCUGCCUCCAUCUAGUCAUAGUUUCCUGCUGAAAAACUUAGUGUCCGAAGCAGACUACAGCCUGUGCGUCUUGGCCAUAUUUGAUGAUGGCAUCUCCUCCUUGGCGACAACAAAGGUGUUGGGCUGCAUCCAGUUCAGCACUAAAGAGGAUUAUCCAGAAUGCCGUUCUCUGCAUGCUCACUUCCUGGGCGGCACACUGACAGUGAUGGUGGGUGGCGUGGUCGUGGUAACCCUUCUGGUCUUCACUGUUGCCAUGAUGGUGCGGCAUCGCGUCUGUGGAGAGUGUCGGGAUGAUGCCAACAGAGCGGGCAAAUUUUUGCCAGCCGAAGGGGUGGAUGUUUAUGCCCAGACAAACGGAAACAACAGUAUGAUGAUGGUGGCAUUGCCAAAUGGCGUCUUGGCUCAAAGACCAAAAGAAACACAGGACAAAUCCAAACACAAGCCUGGCUCAACCCUCACGCCCAAACAAAGCCCAGAGCCACACCGUGACCAGAGCAGAGUAACAUGUGGUAGAGAAGACAGAGUGGUGCGGGAAAAAUGUUUAACUCCACUCACACCAGAGAGUGAGAAAUUGACACUCUACUACUCCCUGAGUAACACACUGCCUCUCCCGGCACACAAGGCUGUGAAGCGAACAGGUAGGCUCAAGUUGCGGAGAAAGUCUUUGGAGAAAGACAUACAAGUCUUGGCCUCCUUUCCAUUGACACUAGAUGGAGAGGAAGGAAGGGAGGGAGGGUCAGACUUGAGGCAGGCAGUGAAAACCAAACGUAGCUGCUCUUUCGAUGUGGGCGAAAUCACCACCAACACGUGCUACAGCUAUGCCAAACGGCUGAGCAUCAUCUGGAACAAUCGUAGCCAGUCACAACAUGGCAUGUUGGUCGACUGUGCCUCUACAACCAGCACAUCCAGCACGGGAAGUGAGCAGUACGGCAAUGCCCUGGCACAGAACUAUAUCCAUGCCUUUCCUUCUAACAACUCCAACUCUACUUCUAACUCAAGCAGUAGCAUGACUGUAAAUCCCAGGGACCUGGAAGAAAGUGUGGUAUAGAGAUAUGAGGAAAAGAAAGACUUUUGUGUAAUAACUGCCGUGAGGUGACACAUUCAGGCAUGUCAAAAGACCAAUACAAACUAACAAUAAAAAUGGGAUAAUGAAGAAUUAUCAGGGGCGAGCAGAGUUGAUGAGGAGUACUGCUUCAGACACAAAGGAAUGGCCAUUAUUUGAUGACCACUAUUAUUCCUAGCUACCACAAGUCUCAAAAUCAAAUUAUACGAAGACAAAGAAUGACAAGAACAGAAAUGAGCAUAGGAUUGCUUUUUAUUAACGGGCCAAAGGCAUGGGGGAUUAAAACCUAAGGCGUCUGUUUCAAUGAGAUUAACCAACCAAUUAAUACAUUAUUGAAUAAAUCAAAUGAUACUUUGUACAAUAGAAACACCUUUUAAAUGCAAAUGAGGAGUUAAAACGAGGGGGUAAAUAUCGCAAAAACAAAUUCAAAACCAAAAGAGAGAGUGUAUUAUCUGUUGAAAUAUACUGCUGUAAAGAAGCACACAUGUCUGAGCUCUCUGAUGAGAAAAGUACACUCUGUAAAGUUUCUUUUCACUCUUUAUUUCCAGUGGUAAUGUUUUUUUAAUUAUAACUGAGAAAAUGAGGGAAGGAGGUUCACUUAAUAUUUCUGAACACAUUUGCUACAAGCGUUUUAAAUGGGGGAACCAUUUGUUCAAAUGUCCUUCAACAGUGGUCUGAAUAGUCAUAAUUGUUCUUGUCUG